AUGACGAAGAUGGAUUAUGGAGAUGGAUGUCAAAAUUCCGGUUGCCAAAGCAACGAGCUUUGUGUUGGCAGGGAAAAUGCAAGUCAUACCUGCUAUCCUUUAGAUUCCUUUGGUUUUAGUUCAAAACCUAAUGGAUGUACUUCAAUAAGUUGUGAAAGUUGGGGUUGGAAGUAUCAGGAGUGUCCGGUUGAUAACUUGGGAGCUGGUCGCGUAGUUUCAAUGACAAUAAUCAGUCAAAGGUAUUAUUGCAACUUCGGAUUGGACAAGGUUUACUAUGGAUGGAAAAGGAAUAUGAUAUAUGUAAAUAACGGAUGUAGAGCUACGUUUGACGUCUGCUACACUGUUUAUUAACAUGACGUCUGCUACACUGUUUAUUAACAUGUCGUCUACUAAACUGUUUAUAAGCAUGUCGUCUGCCUUAUAUGACUAACAUACCAAAUAAUUCGAGCAGCGGGAAAUAUGCAACGAGUGACCGAACAUUGA